GUGUGGAUGAACUGAUAUGUGUUUGUUUGACGCUCUGAAUGUUAGAGAUAGCUGCCGGCUAGCGAAUUAGCUCAGCUCUGGUCCAGGGAUGCAACGAUGUUGUCAGAGAGAUGCGCUGGAUACAGGAAUGGAUCAGCUGAUGAGGAGUGCUCAGAUAGCUGACCUGCAACAGAAGGUCCUGGAUGCGGAUAAUGAGGGACGGAUAAAGCAGCGCUGGGAUUCUAUCACAACCAUAGUAGAGGCCAAGAGCGCCCUGAAGAUUCUCAUGGCUGAGGUUGUAGCCUCCAAGGCGGCUAAUGCCAAGCUGGAGAGUGAGCUGAAGCAGGAAAAGGCCAAUCUGCUGGAUAUGCAGAAGAUAUUGUGUGAUGAGCGCAAGCUCAUGUCUGCCAUGGAUAUGGAACAUCAGAGUCAACUGGUAGAAAUGGAGCAGAGACACCAGGAGAAGGUGCUGUAUCUCCUUGGUCAGCUCCAGAGUAAUCCUGUGGCACAGGAGAACUGAAGGAGCAGCAGGAGGAGGUGUCUAAACGGGAGCACGAGCAAAUGCAGCGUCUAAAGUUUCAGGAAGAUGAAAUUGAAAAACUGCGAGAACUUAAUUAUCAGAACCAGAAAGUCAAAGAUGAAAAUGAACAGUACAAACAGAAAUUACUUCUGGCCCAGCUGACGAGUGCAAAGAAAGUCCUCUCUUCUGUGAAUGAGUCACCUGAUACAUCUUUUGAAUAUGUUCCA